CGCUGGGCCACUGCACCGGUUCCAGGCUGCCCAGGGGCGACCCUUCCUUCUCCCGGCGGCUGCUUCCCCUCGUCUUGCGACUCAGGGGUCCGGGCGGGACAUGGCCACGGCCACUGUUGCAGCAGCAAGACGAGGCUUCUGCCGAGCCCCUCCGCUUCUCCUCCGGCGCGGUUACCAGACGGAGAAGGGCGUCUAUGGGUACCGGCCAAGGAAGCCCGAGAGCCGGGAGCCCCGGGGCGGCCUGGCGCGCCCUCCAGUUGAUCACGGUCUUGCCAGAUUGGUGACAGCAUAUUGUGAACAUGGUCAUAAAGCUGCCAAAAUCAACCCCCUCUUCAGUGGACAAGCCUUGCAGGAGAACGUGCCUGAGAUCCAAGCUCUUGUACAGACCCUUCAGGGACAUUUUAAUACCACAGGAUUAUUAAACAUGGGGAAGGAGGAGGCCUCUCUUGAGGAAGUACUGGCCUAUCUCAACCAAAUCUACUGUGGGCAAAUUUCUAUUGAAACCUCCCAACUUCAGAGCCAGGAGGAGAAAGACUGGUUUGCCAAGCGAUUUGAGGAACUGAAGAAAGAGACCUUUAGCACAGAAGAGCGAAAACAUCUGUCAAAACUAAUGCUAGAAUCCCAGGAGUUUGACCACUUUUUGGCCACCAAGUUUGCCACAGUGAAGCGGUAUGGGGGUGAAGGAGCGGAAAGCAUGAUGGGCUUUUUCCACGAGUUGCUGAAAAUGGCAGCCUACAGUGGGAUCACGGAUGUGAUUAUUGGCAUGCCCCACAGAGGGAGGCUUAAUUUAUUAACAGGCCUUCUGCAGUUCCCUCCAGAGCUGAUGUUUCGUAAAAUGAGAGGCUUAAGUGAAUUUCCGGAAAAUGUUUCAGCCACUGGAGAUGUCCUGUCUCACUUGACCUCCUCCGUUGAUCUGGAUUUCGGCGCGCACCAUCCCCUCCACGUGACCAUGCUGCCUAACCCCUCGCACCUGGAAGCUGUCAACCCCGUGGCGGUGGGGAAGACUCGUGGAAGGCAGCAGUCUAGACAGGAUGGGGACUACUCCCCAGAUAGUUCUGCUCAGCCUGGGGACAAAGUCAUUUGCUUACAGGUUCACGGUGAUGCAUCUUUCUGUGGUCAGGGGAUUGUUCCUGAAACAUUUACGUUGUCUAGUCUCCCACAUUUCAGAAUAGGUGGGAGUGUUCAUCUGAUUGUCAAUAACCAGCUGGGUUACACCACUCCUGCAGAAAGAGGAAGAUCUUCCUUAUACUGCAGUGACAUCGGAAAGCUUGUGGGCUGCGCCAUCAUCCACGUCAAUGGAGAUAGCCCAGAGGAAGUGGUCCGUGCCGCACAACUGGCUUUUGAAUACCAGCGCCAUUUCCGGAAGGAUGUGAUUGUUGAUUUGUUAUGCUACAGGCAGUGGGGCCACAAUGAGCUGGAUGAGCCCUUCUUCACCAACCCGGUCAUGUACAAGAUCAUCAGAGCCCGAAAGAGCAUCCCGGACACCUAUGCAGAGCACCUGAUUGCCAAUGGACUCAUGACUGGGGAAGAGGUGUCAGAAAUCAAAUCCUCCUACUACUCGAAGUUAAAUGACCAUUUAACCAACAUGGCGCUCUACAGCCCCCCAGCCGCCAACCUGCAGGCGCACUGGAAGGGUCUGGUCCAGCCGCCAGCCUGCAUUAGCACCUGGAACACUGGUGUGGCCCUCGACCUCCUGCGGUUUAUUGGCGGGAAGUCGGUGGAGGUGCCGGAGGAACUCCAGAUGCACAGUCAUCUGCUGAAGACCUACGUGCAGUCCAGGCUGGAGAAAGUGAUGGAUGGAACAAAGUUAGACUGGGCCACGGCAGAAGCUCUUGCCUUGGGCUCAUUACUUGCUCAGGGUUUCAAUGUCCGUCUGAGUGGGCAAGAUGUUGGCCGUGGAACUUUCAGUCAGCGGCAUGCAAUGGUUGUUUGCCAGAAGACUGAUGAUACCUAUAUCCCUCUGAACCAUAUGGAUCCUGAUCAAAAGGGGUUUCUAGAGGUCAGCAACAGCCCAUUGUCAGAAGAGGCUGUCCUGGGAUUUGAAUAUGGAAUGAGCAUUGAAAGCCCCAAGUUGCUGACCCUCUGGGAGGCUCAGUUUGGUGAUUUCUUCAAUGGUGCUCAGAUCAUUUUUGACACGUUCAUCUCUGGAGGGGAGGCCAAGUGGCUCCUACAGAGUGGCAUUGUUAUUCUCCUUCCCCACGGGUACGACGGGGCUGGACCCGACCACUCCUCUUGCCGCAUAGAGCGUUUCCUGCAGAUGUGUGACAGUGUCGAAGAGGGGGUAGAUGGAGACACGGUGAACAUGUUCGUGACACACCCAACCACCCCUGCACAGUAUUUCCACCUGCUCAGGAGACAGAUGGUUCGGAACUUCCGAAAACCCCUCAUCAUUGCUUCUCCGAAGAUGUUACUCAGGUUCCCUGCUGCUGUGUCAACUCUUCAAGAAAUGGCGCCAGGAACGACAUUCAAGCCGGUCAUUGGUGAUUCAUCUGUGGAUCCCAAAAAGGUCAAGAGGCUAGUGUUCUGCUGUGGCAAACAUUUCUAUGCCCUGCUGAAGCAAAGAGAAUCCUUAGAGGCCAAGAAGCAUGACUUUGCCAUCAUCCGAGUAGAGGAACUCUGCCCUUUCCCACUGGAUUCGUUACAGCAAGAGAUGAGCAAAUAUAAACACGUUAAAGAUUUUAUUUGGAGUCAGGAGGAGCCUCAGAACAUGGGACCAUGGUGCUUUGUUUCUCCAAGGUUUGAAAAGCAGCUGGCCUGCAAGCUCCGUCUUGUGAGUCGACCCCCUUUGCCAGUCCCUGCUGUAGGAAUUGGCACCCUUCACCUGCAGCAGCAUGAAGAUGUCCUCACCAAGACCUUUGCUUGAUGGUGUCCUUUGGAACAGUGUUACUUCCUUUUAAGAAAAUAAGCAUGAAAA